AUGCUGCUGGCUGAGGCAUUAGCAGAGCGAGCCGAAGCACAGCGACAAUAUGAGCAGCUAAUGCAGCGUCUGCUACGGGUCGUCCGCGUACAAGAAGGCGACGAGCCGGUGGAAGAUCCUGAAGUGCUCUUGGCUACGCCCAAUGGCAUCAUAGACCGAAUGGAUUGGCUGAUCCGAUGCAUCAACAAGACAUAUACGGCGACCAUGUUUGACGAGAAACAUACUUUGACAGAUGCGAUCGCAUUUCGAGACAUGGCAUUGAAGCGGCGAAAGCUGUACUCGGAUGUGGCAACAAAAGCCAGUACAGCUCAAGACCGAUACACGCGGAGUGAGAUCAAGUAUGUGAAUGUAAUUGACGUGCGGGAGAUGCAAAAGAGAGUGGACAAGCUAUCAGGAGAAUACCGCAAGCUUGACACGCGGAUCCAAAAGAUGAACUGGGAGGUCAAGCUGAUUGAGGAGUAA